AUAGUUGCAUGAAGCUCCUCAAACUACUUUGAUGAUCACACAAAGUCUGGGGCUUUGAUAUGAACACCUAAAUGACCGAAAGGAGAAUUAGGUGAAAUAUGAGAUCUGGAGAGCAUUAUGUGUGUACCGGAGGCUAUGAGCCACACCCAAGUUGAAGACGAAGGAUCGAUCUCUGAGCUGCAGGGCUGCACCGUGAUAUACGUAGAUGAGCAAGUGUGGUUGUAUGAUUUCUGCCUGUCCCUCCAGUCUCGAUUGAGAGGUUUGAAGGAUCAAUCCUUUACAGAAAAACAAUCGAUAUGUCCCUCGCGUAGUCGUGUCGAGUGUUGGUAGGUCGCCAUGCACCUAAUGGAAAAACUGAGACACAUUGAAUCCGUAGGGGUGACUACCGGCGCUAAAGAAAUACAUCACGAUUUGCAGUGGCAGGUUGACGGACCGGAAUUUAUAUGGCCUCACAGCUUCAUCAAGAGGCUGGAUGGAGGUGAAGGUCUCAAAGCGAGCCGCAUCUGAACAAACCCAUCAUAACAAUGGUUACCACUUUGCGUCCGCAAGAGGGUCACAAGCCAGCCCGACUGUUAUACUUCUCAACUCCUGAACAUUGCCCGCCAGUUUUUCUUCAUAUAACAGGUCGGACGAUCGGAGCUAAAACUUGCGAGACUUGUUGCUAAAGCAAUUCUUAUACUCGGAUUGCCUUGUCGAAGGAUAUAGCGUAAGAACUGGAUCCUUUUAAGCACGAAUUAAACUGAAAACUACUAGCGUGACGCUCCUUUUGAAAAUGACCGAAUCUAUGCCCUUCUUAAUCUCUCAUACCCA